GCUCUGGCUCAAGCGGCCUCCGAUUGGCUGAAGCCGCACGGGCUGGCGAAGGAGCAUCUUGCGGCUCGCGUUGUGCCAGCUGUCCUCGCGCACUCUGCUGGUGCUGUCUGUGCAUCGGAGAUAGAGACAGGGAGGAACCUGGAAAACCUGGAAUAAAAGGAAAAUGGCUGCCAACAUGGGGUCAAUGCGUAUCCUCAUCAAGGGAGGGAAGGUAGUGAACGAUGACUUCACCCAGGAAGCUGAUGUCUACAUCGAGAAUGGCAUCAUUCAGCAGGUUGGUAAAGAGCUGAUGAUUCCAGGCGGAGCAAAGGUGAUCGACGCCUCUGGAAAGCUGGUGCUGCCGGGUGGAAUAGACACCAGUGUCCAUCUGCAGGAAACCUUCAUGAAUGCCAACAUCCAGGACGACUUCUACAGUGGGACCAAGGCGGCUCUGAUGGGUGGUACCACCAUGGUGAUGGCUCUGGCCCUGCCUGAACAACACUGCUCCCUGCUAGACACCUAUGAGAAGUGCCGAGCUCUGGCCGACGCGAAAGUGUGCUGCGACUACGCUCUGCAUGUCGGCGUGACCUGGUGGGGACCAAAGGUGCACAGCGAGAUGGAGGCCCUGGUGAGGGAGCAUGGGGUGAACUCCUUCCAGAUGUACAUGGCCUACAAAGACAUGAUGAUGCUGAGAGACUCAGAGCUCUACCAGGCGCUGCAGUCCUGUAAAGACAUCGGGGCCAUUGCACGUGUCCACGCUGAGAACGGAGAGCUGGUGGCAGAGGGUGCCAAAGAGGCUCUGGAUCUGGGCAUCAGUGGACCAGAGGGUAUUGAGAUCAGCCGACCAGAGGAGCUGGAGUCUGAGGCCACUCACAGGGCUGUCACCAUUGCCAACAGGGCCCGAUGCCCGAUCUACCUGGUAAACGUGUCCAGUGCACCUGCUGGAGACAUGAUUGCUGCUGCUAAGAUGCAGGGUAAGGUGGUCCAUGCGGAGACCACAGUAGCUCAUGCAGUGGUGAAUGGGAUGCAGUAUUACCACCAGGACUGGGCUCAUGCCGCCGCCCAUGUCAUCAUCCCUCCUCUCCGCCUCGACCCGAACACACCCAGCUACCUCAUGGGCCUGUUGGGCAAUGACACCCUGAGCGUCGUGGCGUCAGAGCACCGUCCCUUCAGCAUCAAGCAGAGAGCUCUGGGGAAAGACGACUUCACCAAGAUCCCCCACGGAGUGGCUGGAGUCCAGGACAGGAUGAGUGUCAUCUGGGAGAGGGGAGUGGUUACAGGAAAGAUGGAUGAGAAUCGCUUUGUGGCAGUGACAAGCUCUAACGCUGCAAAGAUCUACAACCUUUACCCGCGCAAGGGACGUAUCAUCCCCGGUGCCGACGCUGACGUGGUGGUCUGGGACCCAGAUGCAACAAAGACGAUCUCUGUGAGCACUCAGGUGCAGGGCGGAGACUUUAACCUGUACGAGGGGAUGCGCUGCCACGGCGUUCCUCUGGUCACCAUCAGCCGAGGGCGUCUGGUGUGUGAGAACGGCGUGUUCAUGUGCGCCGAGGGAUCCGGGAAGUUCUACUCCCAGCGCACGUUCCCCGACUACCUCUACAAGAAGAUGGUGCAGAGAGAAAAGACUCAGGGUUAUAAAGGAGUCGACAGGGAUCCCUACUCUGGUGACGUGGCCAAGGUGGCAACCAUUAUGAAGAAGGAGCUGGGUCUGGGUCCGGUAGAUGGAGAUGCCGGCAACAAGAAUUGUCCUCGGGCUCACCAGGGUGUCCGAGACCUUCACGAGUCGUCCUUCAGCCUCUCAGGUUCCCAGGUCGACGACCACAUCCCGAAGAGGUCCUCCGCUCGGAUCCUGGCUCCUCCCGGCGGUCGCUCCAGCGGCAUCUGGUAAACGCUGUUGAAAGAAUAAAAUGUGCCAAAAUGUGAGUCACGCGUGCCACACCAACACCCAUGCAUGAACAGCACCACCCGGAGGCAAGAGGAGAGAAGUGUCUCCCGAAAACCGACAACAAACAACCUGGUGCUGUGUGUUUUUUUAUGAUGACGAUGUUAUUAGUUAUUUCACUGUUGGAUGGUUUUGUUGUGUUGAAGGCACUGUGACUGCUCAGUGGCUCUGUGUGUUUGUAGACUCUUGUGCUGGACAGUGAACCUGUUGAAUCUGUAAGUGGCUGCUUGUUUCUUACCACAAAGCAAACAAUAAAGUGGAAAAUUAAGAAAAGCUCCCCCCUA